CCCGCCCGCCCUCCAACAUGCAGCCCGGAAGUGGGGCCGGGAUGGACACCGCCCCGGCUCCUUCUGCCCUCGACGCUGCAGCCGCCGCCCCUUCGCCGCGGCUCUCCCCGGGUGUCGGCGAGACUGGCAGCCAGGCCGAGGAGCAGCCCACCUUCACGGCCCUCUGCCCGGCACACUCUCCCAAGCCGGCCGCUUGCAACGCCGGUGCCGACCCUUCCGCCACGUCCCUCUAUGCUGGACCACGCUUCUUCUCCGAGUCCGCGCUCUCCGUCCUCGACGCGGCCCCCGGUCGUGAUGACCCCUCGCCGGCGGCCGGCCUCCCCAACGACGCGCUCCACCCCCUGAAGGUGGUCCUCUCGGCAUCGGCCAUCAGCGACGUCGGCCAGCCGGCCGGAAGCCCGGAGGCCGCCCUGCCCGGCCUCCCAAAUCGCCAGCCCGGCAGCGGCAGCGGCAGCGGCAGCGGCAGCACCGAUGGCUCCUCCACCGGGGAAUCCCUCUACUCGUCCUUCGUCUCCCUCGACGGGGUGUCCCCCACGCCGGAUCGCAACCGCUGCCCCGAGCUGUCGGUCCGCAUCCCGACCCCGCCCUUUGGCAUCCUCUUCCCGCUGGCCCUGUCGCCCAUGGUCCGGGCCCAGAACCAGCGUCUCGAGGAGGACAUGCACUGCUGUCAUUGCGCCGGGAUCCACCUGCGCAGCCCGCAGUCCGCCACCGAGGCGGAGCACUGCCUCCCGGAGGCGGGCCCCGGCCAGGAGCCCCUGUCCCUGGCCUCGCUCAAGCUCCUGGCCCUUCGGUCCCAGGCGGCGGCCAGCCGCCCGGCGCAUUCCUACACCUCGGCCCUGGAGGGCUGCUCGCCCCGGGCUCUGGUCCACUUGCUCACGUCGCCCGGGUUCGGCUGCGACUGUUGGCGGCCGCUGGAGGCCGCGGCGCUGCGGGCCUUCGAGGCGCCCGGCCCCGGCCCGGCUCCCGGCAGCACGCCCGCCAGUGUGCCGGCCAUCCCGGACACCCUGUGCCGUGGGGCCACCUGCUUCCCCACGCACGCGGCCGACUUCUUCCUGUCCUUUCGCAUUUUCCUCUCGCCGGCGGUCCUCCUGCGCCACAUCCUGCGGGCGUGGUUUGACACGGUCUGUCCCUUGCAGAAGCCCGACCAGUGCGACUGUCUGAAUGAUGCCCUGCCCGCGUCGACCGUCCGCUUUGCCUGUCGCUUCCACUUCGCCGCGGCGCACUUUUACGAUUUCGAUGCCGAUCCCCAGCUCCUGCGCUUGUUGUCGGCAUCGGUGGAUGCGCUCCACAUGUCGGUGGCCGAUUCGCUGACCGGGGCAUCUGCCCUGGCGGCGGCCCUGCUGGAGUCCAUCCGGGAUUUGGGCCGCGCCGUGGCCGCCGCCCGGCCGGGCUACCGCUUCACCGCCUCCCCGGCCCUGAUCACGUCCAAUCAUCGGGUCUUCCUGCAGACGGUCUGCCUGCAUCACCGCCAGGCGGCCGGCCUCAGUGAGGACCCCCAUGCGGCCGGUCUGGCCGAUGCCCGCUGCUUGCCGACGGUGCUCGGGUCGCAUGUGGCCCUGGCCCCGGGGCCGCGGCCCGGGCCGCAGGCCCCCUCCGACCCUCGGGCCCCCCAGCAGCCUGCCUCGAUGGCCGGGGCCGCCCCCUCGACCGGUGCCAUCCACUGCCCGAUGAACAGCUUCCCCCUGCGCAUGAACCGCUCCACCUCGAGCCUCUCCUGUGAUUCGGUGGCCUCCGGCGCCAGUGGCACUGCCUUCGGCAGCACCGCCUCCAUGCUGCCCUCCCUGUCGGUGCCCCCUUCGCCAUCCGGCUCUCAGCCGGCCUUCUUCCUGCCACGGUCGCGCUCCAGCUCCUCCCCCUCGGCCUUGCUGCAUCUGGGCCCGGCGGCCUUGCGGGGCGGCCGUCCGGCCUCCACCAUCCUCCCCUCCGGGGAGGAGGGCUCUGCUGGCAGUGGCGCCGGCACGGCCGCCGGGCCCCUGCGCAGCGGCACCUCCACCACCUUCAACGAGAUGGCCGACUUCGAGCCGACCAAGGUCCCCUCGCCGAUGCAUGGCACGCCUCCCGGCCUGCCGGGCGACCGGCCGGCAUCUCUGCACGCCGGGCUGGACCUCGCCCGGGUGGACAUGCGUGCCAAUCCCUCGAUCACCCUGUCGGUGUGUGCGGCCGGCUCGGCGCCCGGGCCCGGGCACAUGCUCGGCGAGGAGGACCCUGCCCCGGCCUCCGGCGGCAGUGCCCUGUCCACGUUGUCUCUCAGCACCACCUCCUCCGGGGAGGAGGGCGUCUCGGCCGGGGCCCCGGUGGCCGGCGGCCAUGGCAGCCGGUCGGUGUCGCCGGCGCUCGGGCCCACCGAUGCCGGGCGUCCCCCGGCGCCCCCGGGGUCGGUGGCCCAGCGCCGGCCGAACUUCCUGUCCAUCCGGACCAAGCGCCUGUCGCAGAUCAUCUUCGACGAGCCGGACCCGACGGCCAUGCUGCGGUCUCCCGCCUCGUUGUCUGGAUCUGCCUCCACGUCUGCCUCGGUCUCGGCGUCGGCCUCCACUUCGACCUCCACCUCGUCGAUCGAGCUCAGCGGCCAGGGGGUGCCGGCGGCGGCCAUGCCGGCCGGGCCGUUUGGCCUGCCGCCGCACCCCCUGGCCGAGCCGCUCCGCAUGUCGCCCUUCCGGCUGACUUCCUUCUCCUUCAGCACCGGCACCGCCGGGCUGCAGACAUGUACCCUGCACUUGUUGGAUGUGCUGCGCGAGCUGACCGUGGCCACGUCGGACCUCUUUGCGGCCGUCACGCCGGCCGACUUGUCCUACCGCCUGUUGGGGAAGGUGGCGUCGCCGGAUUUCGGGCUGGCGGCCGUGGCCCCCGGGCCCGGGACCGGCCCCACGGUCACGGUCCUUGCGCCGGCCGCCGCCGCCGCCGCCGAGGCAGCAGAGCACAACAUCGGCGAGUGGCCGGCCCUGGUGGCGCUGGCGCGCGAGUGUGGCUUCCACCUCCCGGCCGAGCGGGCAUCGUGGCUGGUGCCGGAGGCCGGUGCCCCGGCGCCGGAUGUUGGCUCCGACCCCGGGCCGGGGGCCCCUCCGCCGACCGACGAGCCGAGCCCGGACUACAUCCCCAUGCCGCCGGCCUUGGCUCGGCUGACGAGUCUCUUCAAUCGCAUCUCCCAGUGGGUGGCGCAUGAGGUUCUGCUGGCGGCCCUGAGUUCCGGGCAGGCGGGAGCCGGCAGCAGCGGCGGGGGCGGGGGCCCCGGCGGCGGGGCCGCCGGCGCCCGUCGCAAGCGGUCCUUCUCCUUCUCCUCCAAGCGCCGGUCGACCAUCGCGGUGCCGACAUCGCCCCUGACGGCCGGGCCGCCGGCGCCGGCGGAGCAGCUGCUCUCCCCGCGCGGUGGGUCGGCCACCUCCUCGCUGUCGUCGUCCUCUUCGUCGAGCCCGACCGGCAGCAUGCCUUCAGUCAGUGGGUUUGGGCUUUCCUGCCCCAACAGCAUGAGCGCCCUUUCCCUGUGGUCCGGGAUCCCGAGCCAGCCGCGCUCGCUGCCGGACGGCGCCACCCAAGCCUGGCUGUCUCUCAGUGAGCUGGCCCUCCCGGCGUGGGCCCCGGCGCCAGCAUCGGCCAAUGCUGCUACCGCUGCCGCCGGCGCCGGCGCCGGCGCCGCCGGCGCAAGCACCGCGUCGGUGGUGGUCGAUGCCCCGCCCUCCUCGCCGCCGACUCCGGUGUCGCCGGCCGUGGCUCCCGGCUCCUCUGCCCCCACGCCGAUCGAUGCCUCGUAUGGGUCCUUUGUGCUGGGGCUCUUCAUCCAGCUGUCCUACCUGGCGGCGUGCUGGCGUAACUACUUUGUCAGCCUGGCCAUCUACGCGGGGCUUUCCUUGCAGCCGGUGUACCGGCUGCAGUCCCUGUGGGCUGGCUUGUCGCCGGAGGCCACCGCCCUGUGGGCCUACCUCGGGGAGCACCUCUCCUCGCGACGCAACUACCAGAUGUACCGCAAUCUCCUGUCACUCAAUAGCCAGGUGGCCCUGCGCGAGGAGGAGGGCGCCUUCCUCCAAGCGCACACUAGCCCGGCUCUGGCGCACCCGGUGCGCCAAGUCCAUGCGCCGGCGCUCCCGUACAUCGGCUCGCUGCUGGGCCGGCUGACCUCGCUGCACGAGCGGUCCCUUUCGUGGCUGCCACCGCGCCCGGUGCCGGCUGUCACCGACUUGGGCACCUGCCCCGUGCCUCGGAGCCUGGCCCGGCUGCCGAUCACCCGCGAGUCGCAGGAUCUCCUGCUUCCCGGGCUGGGGCCGGCCUCGGGCGACGCUGUCCCAGGCCCCCCGGGGGGGGCGGCCACGGCGGCCACCGGCGAUGCGGGGCUCUUCCUGUGCCCCUGCCCGGAGGGCCAUGCGGGCCCCGGCACCGCGGGCGAUCUUGCUGACGGGCCGGUCAUCCGUUGGUCCAAGCUCCUGGACUUGGCCCAUGUCUUCCGGUCGGAGAUCCUCAUUCACCAGGUGGCCCUUGGGAGCCGGGACUUCAUGACGUCCUUCAUGAUGGUCCCGGCCAAUGAGGAGGCCCCCGGCCAUGAGGCCGAUGCCUCCCCGGCCCAGGUGCCGACCCCCACCAUGGACUGGUUCUCCCUCCGCUGGCCGGACCUGUCGGACUUCCUGCCGGCUCCGCUGGCCUCAACCAAGGCCGGCCCCGGGGGCGAGGCCGCGCCGGAGGUCCCGCCCCUUUUCUCCAUCCAGGACCUGCUGAAGCCAUUCACCGAUCCGUCACUGAUGGCGGGCGACCGGCCGUCGGUGGCUGCUCGGGCUUUGGUUGCCCAACGCCUGGUUCCCGGCUCGGAUACCAACUUCUCCCUGGAGUCCCUCCGGACGGAGGACUUCUCCAACAUCCUGUUCGCGCUAUCUUACCUGGUCGAGCCGUCUGGCAGCUCCUCGACCCCGGCGUCGCAGCUGGCGGCCAGCGCCCCCCUCCCUAAUGUCAGUGGUACCGGCUCCGUGCGGUUCCGGCGCCUCCGCUCCAUCCGGCGGCUGUAAUCUCCCCAGGCGGUCUCAUUCGCCCCACCUCCACACAUACACACACACACA